AAGCGCCGUCCCAACAGCAGCAGCAGCAGCAGCAGGAGCACCUCGGCUCAGGAUCCCUUGGAUGGUGGAGGGCGCGAGGGCAGGCGAGAAGAGCCGGCUCAGGGAUGCAGCGGCACCUCCGGCCGCGCGGCUGGGAGAGAAGCCCUUUUCUGCUCCAGCUGCUCUUGUGGUUGCUGCACACGCGGAGCCUGGCGGAGCCCGCAGCCCAAGCAAUGAAUGUGUCGGCUGCUGAUUUAAUGCCUACAUCAUCAUGGAAUGUGUCAAGUGAACUAGACAAAGAUUAUUUCUUGAAGCUUGAUGAGCCCAUGAACAAUAUCACCACUACCCUAGGCCAGAUGGCAGAACUGCACUGUAGGGUUUCUGGGAAUCCUCCUCCAACCGUGCGUUGGUUGAAAAAUGAUGCUCCUGUCGUACAGGAACCCAGAAGGAUAUCUUUCCGUGCAACGAACUAUGGAUCUCGAUUACGAAUAAGAAACCUUGAUACCACAGACACUGGCUACUUUCAGUGUGUGGCAACAAAUGGCAGGAAAACCGUUUCUACCACUGGGGUACUGUUUGUGAAAUUCGGUCCUCCGCCAACAGCAAGUCCAGGAACAUCUGAUGAAUAUGAAGAAGAUGGAUUUUGUCAGCCAUACAGAGGAAUAGCAUGUGCAAGAUUUAUUGGAAACCGAACCAUUUAUAUGGAGUCCUUGCAUAUGCAGGGUGAAAUAGAAAAUCAGAUUACUGCUGCCUUCACUAUGAUUGGAACCUCCAGUCAUUUAUCUGAUAAAUGUUCCCAGUUUGCCAUUCCUUCACUCUGUCAUUACGCUUUCCCAUACUGCGAUGAGACUUCUUCAGCUGCAAAGCCGCGGGAUCUGUGCCGCGAUGAGUGUGAAAUUCUGGAAAAUGUCCUUUGCCAAACUGAGUACAUCUUUGCAAGAUCCAACCCAAUGAUUCUGAUGCGUUUAAAGCUGCCUAAUUGCGAAGAUCUUCCACAGCCUGAUAGCCCAGAAGCUGUAAAUUGUAUCCGCAUUGGAAUCCCUAUGGCAGAUCCAAUCAACAAGAAUCACAAAUGUUACAACAGCACAGGAGCAGACUACCGAGGGACAAUGAGUGUCACAAAGUCUGGGCGACAGUGCCAGCCAUGGAAUUCUCAGUACCCCCACACGCACACGUUCACUGCUGUGCGAUACCCAGAGCUGAAUGGGGGACACUCCUAUUGUCGAAACCCAGGGAAUCAGAAGGAGGCUCCAUGGUGCUUCACCUUAGAUGAAAAUUUUAAAUCUGAGCUUUGUGACAUCCCUGCCUGUGACACAAAAGACUCCAAGGAAAAGAAUAAAAUGGAAAUCCUCUAUAUAUUGGUGCCAAGUGUUACAAUUCCCCUGGCUAUUGCCUUACUAUUUUUCUUCAUCUGUAUUUGCCGCAACAACCAGAAGUCUUCUUCCCCUCCAGUGCAAAGGCAGCCUAAGCAUGUCAGAGGACAGAACGUAGAGAUGUCUAUGCUGAAUGCGUACAAACCAAAGAGCAAAGCCAAAGAGCUGCCUCUAUCUGCUGUCCGUUUUAUGGAAGAGUUGGGUGAAUGUGCCUUUGGCAAAAUCUACAAGGGACACCUUUAUCUACCAGGCAUGGAUCAUGCUCAGCUGGUUGCAAUUAAGACCCUAAAGGACUGCAACAAUCCACAACUGUGGGCAGAGUUCCAACAGGAAGCCUCUCUGAUGGCAGAACUGCAUCAUCCCAACAUCGUUUGCCUUCUUGGUGUUGUGACUCAGGAGCAGCCAGUCUGCAUGCUUUUUGAGUACAUGAAUCAAGGGGACCUGCAUGAAUUUCUUAUAAUGCGAUCACCACAUUCAGAUGUUGGGUGCAGCAGUGAUGAGGAUGGUACUGUAAAAUCUAGCUUAGAUCAUGGAGAUUUUCUGCACAUAGCAGUCCAGAUUGCAGCAGGGAUGGAAUACUUAUCAAGUCAUUUUUUUGUUCACAAGGAUCUGGCUGCUCGAAAUAUUUUAAUUGGAGAACAGCUCCACGUGAAGAUUUCUGAUUUGGGACUGUCAAGAGAAAUCUACUCUGCAGAUUAUUUCAGAGUUCAAAACAAGUCCCUCUUACCCAUUCGUUGGAUGCCCCCAGAGGCAAUUCUGUAUGGCAAAUUCUCUUCCGAUUCAGACAUAUGGUCCUUUGGUGUUGUCCUGUGGGAGAUUUUCAGCUUUGGUCUCCAGCCCUAUUAUGGAUUUAGUAACCAAGAAGUCAUAGAAAUGGUUAGGAAGCGACAACUUUUGCCAUGCUCUGAAGACUGCCCUCCCAGAAUGUACAGCUUAAUGACCGAAUGUUGGCAUGAGCUGCCAUCUCGGAGACCAAGGUUUAAAGAUAUCCAUGCCAGGCUGCGUUCUUGGGAGGGGCUGUCAAGUCACACUAGUUCUACUACUCCUUCUGGUGGAAAUGCUACCACUCAGACAACUUCUCUCAGUGCAAGCCCAGUUAGCAACCUGAGUAACCCUAGGUACCCUAACUACAUGUUUCCAGCACAGGGUAUACCACAAGGCCAAAUUGCUGGAUUUAUUGGCCCACCAAUACCUCAAAGCCAGCGAUUUAUUCCUAUAAAUGGAUAUCCAAUUCCUCCUGGAUAUGCUGCUUUUCCAGCUGCUCACUACCAGCCUGCAGGCCCACCCAGAGUAAUUCAGCACUGUCCUCCACCAAAGAGUCGUUCGCCAAGUAGUGCGAGUGGAUCAACCAGCACCGGGCAUGUGACUAGCUUACCCUCUUCAGGAUCUAAUCAGGAUGCAAAUAUUCCUUUGCUGUCUCAUAUGUCUAUGCAGAGUCAUCCAAGUGGGAUUAGUAUAACCGUUUUUGGAAACAAAACUCAAAAACCCUACAAAAUUGACUCCAAACAGACAUCUCUAUUAGGAGAUUCCAGUAUUCAUGGACAUAAUGAGACCGUGAUUUCAGCAGAGAUGUAAAUAAACAAGACUUUUGUAAAUAAACCUACUUACAAUAUGGAAUAUAGAACGUUUUUAGAGGAGAUUUAUAUUCAAAUAUUUUAUUGGAGAUUCUUCUGGCUGUAUAAAGAGAUAUUUGCAAUAA